CGCGUCGGCUGACCCACCGUCCUGCGGGAGGACGCGCCAUGGCGAGCACGUGGUUGUCCCUCAUGCUGCUGCUGGCGGCCGGCGGGCGAGAUUCCGCCGUCGCACACGAAGCGAAAGCCCGCGGGCUUGCAGAAAAAUUGCACGCGCAGCCCGUCGCAGUGCGACUUCCGCGCGGCCUCCUGGACGGUCUGGUGGGUGCCGUGUUGAGUCCUGUGUUGGACGCCGGUGGGAACGAGUGCUCGAGCGCCCGCGGUGAUAGCCUCAACAUCGGCGCAACUCUGCCCCUCGGGAUAUCAGCCGGCAUUUCCGGCUCUUCGGCUAACGCCCACACCAGACAAGGAUGCGGCGCCAGCGCCGGGUCCAGUUCUGGAGGCGUGAACAGUGGUAGCGCCUCUACUGCCUCUGCAGGUGGAAAUGGAUACAGUGCUGGUGGCAGAGGUGUAGCAGCUCAUGCAGGUCAAGAGUCAAAGGCUCACGGUGGAAAUGAAGGUUAUGGGCAAGGACAUCGUCAGCAUAUCGGAGGGGAAGCCAAAUCCAGUGGUUCUGCUGGAACUGGAGUGGGCUGGGAAAGUCAGAGUGAGUCACAUGCCGUUAGCGGGUCCACUGGACAAAGCAUACCUAGUGUUGCCUCAAACGGACCAGGAAAUGGAAACGGUUUCAGCAAUAGUGGAGGGUAUGUGGGAGGUUCUCCAGUCCGAGGUGAGGCAGCGUCAGUGAGCGAGAGCUCAUCGCAAUCUGCUAGUGCUUCCUACGGACACGAUAGUUCUGCAACUGGUAAAUACGGGCAAGGUAAUCUGGGAGAUGAGUUCAGUGGCUAUGAUGGUGGACAUGUUCAUACGUCUAAUCAGUAUGGCACAGGUACUUCCAGUGGUGGGGAUGACAAACCAGGAAAUCAGGAUGGAUUGAGCCAACCUGGCAGUUUUGAUGUCGACUUCACUAAGCUUGCAUAUAUUUAUACUGUUGCAGACAAUGUGCGAGCCGCCGGCGCCGUGACGUCAUUACGGCGAGCUGGGCGCUACAUUUAUAGCCCAGCGGAGACGCGGCGCAGCCAGACGCUGCUUUGCCGCCCGUGCUGUGCUAUGCUGAGCUGCGGAGGCAUGGUGGGCUCCCUGGCGGCGCUCCUCCUGUUGGCGGCGUUCAGCCGCCCGGCGAUCGCGUAUCCUGAGCCGCAUCUGCACUUACUGUUUGGAGGUGACGCCUACGAACAACCCUCAGUUCGGCCAGCGCGAGGCCUGCUGGGUGGCAUCAUCAACGCUGCCACUGGCGGCAUCCUCAAACCGUUCGUCGCGCCGCUCGGCGGCAGUGGCUCCAGCGCCUCGAGCAAUAGCUACAGCACCGGCGUCACUCUACCCUUCGGAAUAUCAGCGGGAUUCUCCGGAUCGGUAUCUAAUGCCAACUCUGGUGCUGGCUUCCCAUUCGGUGGUGGCGGCGGCGGCAGCUCCGCUGCUUCAGCAAGCUCCAGUGCUUCCGCAGGAAGUGGUGGCGGCGGAUAUGGAGGCGCUUCUUCCGGAGCAGCAAGUGAUGCGCAGGCCAACUCUUACGGGAACGGCUACGGUGUGCCCGUUCCCAACUACGGAGGUUCAUCGUCGGGUGCCUCGAGCAACGCCCAGAGCUCAGCUGGCAGUGGUGGUGGAGGCGCGUCUUCUGGUGCAUCGAGCAAUGCUCAGAGCUCUGCUAACUCGUAUGGUGGUGGAUACGCCGCCCCUCCUCCAAAUGCUGGCGGGGCGUCUUCUGGAGCGUCGAGUAACGCACAGAGCUCUGCUAAUUCAUACGGUAAUCAUGGCUUGCGCAGAUCUCCUUAUAUUGCAUCAGUAGGGGAAUUUCAAGGACCUCCUCUACCACCUCCAGGACCCAGAGGACCUCCACCACCCCCACCAUUUGCGGGCCCUCCAGGACCUCCACUUUUUGAAGGCCCUCCACCAUUUGAAGGUCCUCCACCUAGACCGCAUGGGCCACCAUAUGGACAUGCUCAUGGUUUCCACAAGAAGCAUGAAGGAGGGUUCUACAGACCUGAAGCAAAUUUCAUUGAAGGUGGCGUCUACGGUGGUCGAGGUGGCCGAAGAGAGGGUGCGGGUGGAGGUACCACUCAUAUAGUACUUGUGCCUGUGGAAGUCACUGACGGAGGUGGUAGUGCAUUUGGAGGUGGUGGAUCAUCCAGCAAUUCCCAAUCACAAGCAAAUGCUGCUGGUGGAUAUAGCCAAGGAGGAGGUGGUGGUGGUGGAUGUCAAAGGGGAUGUGGAGGCCCUGUAGGGGUUCAAGGAGGUGUCCCAGCAUACUCUCAAGGUAACUAUGGCGUUGGUGGAUAUGGUGGAAGUGGAGGCAGUUCUACAAGUCAGAGCCAGAGUUCAGCCCAAGCUGCUAGUGGUUCAACAGGGCAAAGUGGAACUGUGGGUGGCUAUGCACCAAGUGGUGGACUGGGACUGAGUGGCCAAGGUGUUUCUCAAGGUGGAAGUGGAUCCUAUGGGCAGGGAGCACAGUAUGGAGGAGGAUAUGGACAAGGUGGAGCAGGAGGAAAUUACAACAGUGGUGCAGGAUUUGUUGGUAGUGGUGGUGGUGGUGGUGGUGGUAUUGGUGGAGGUCUCAGUUCUGUUGGCAGUGGGGCAACAUCAGGUAGCCAGAGCUCAUCCCAAGCUGGAAGCAGUUCUGUUGGUACUCAGUUAGGUGGUGGAUUUAACAGUGGAGGAGGCCUCAGUGGUAGCGGAUAUGGUGGAAGUGCUGGACAUGGAGGCAGUGGUUCAAGUGGUGGAGGGUAUGGAGUCCAAGGAGGCGGUUUGAAUUAUGGUGGAGGAAAUGUAGGAGCUGGAGGUGGUGUCAGCGGUUCUUCCUCUGGAAGCAAAGCAUCAAGCAAUGCUGGUAGUCAAGCUGGCACUGGUGGUUUCAGCAGUGGAGGUGAGUUUGAAGGUGGAGGCCUAGGCACUGCUGGAUCUGGUGGACUAGUCGGAGGUGGAGGAGGCUAUAAUGGUUACAACCAAGGUGGAGGCUACGGAGCUGUUGGAGGUGGCUCUUCCUCUGGUAGUAAGGCAUCGAGUAAUGCUGCCAGCCAGAGUGGCAGCGGUGGUUUCAGCGGUGGAGGUGGCCUUCCAGCAGGUGGAGGAGGGUAUGGCGGUGUAGGAUCAACUUCUGGCGGUGGUGCUGGCGGUGGAGGCGCACUUAUGCCCCUCGAUCUAGCUGUGCAAGAAGUCUUUGGAGGUGGAGGUUCAUCCAGUGGGUCCCACAGUCAGUCGUCGUCUAGUUCCACGUCAGGAAGUGACGGUUUUGGAGGCAGCGGCUCUUCAAGUCAGAGCCAGUCGUCGUCUGGAUCCAGUUCCCUUGGUGGGGGCCACGGAGGUAGCAGAAGCUCCAGCAAGUCGUCAUCGUCUAGUUCAGCUGGAGGCGGUGCUGGAGGCUCCUAUUCCAGCUCUAAGAGCGAAGCCAGCUCUUCGGCUGGUAGCGACUCUUUCGUUUUUGCCAAGUGAAGAACAAUUUUUUAAGUGCCUGAAUUUGAUAAAAAGAUCACUUGUUAGUGUUCAACUAAUUUUCGUUCCCAAUAAUCAGUCAAUCGAUGACGAAGAUGGGAAUUCUUCCGAUCUUACUUGCUGAUGCCUGUUCGUUAGUGAUUGACUGUUGUGCGAAAAUAUUUCUGACAAAUCAUAAAAUGCAACAACCUUCAUAAAGCGUACUAUCAACUCGGGCUAAAGGCACAGUGUCGUAAAUAAUUAUUGCUGUUCAAAAAGGAGGCUGCAUUAAAAGUGAUUUACACAUACCUGUUAUUGCCUUCCAUUAUAAGAACCCAUACCGACUCGGUAAAUUUAUGAAAUCAUUGCUUUUCCUGUGAUAGAAAAUUAUAGUAAAACAGUAUUUUUCAGGUCUCUCUUCCAUUAAAUACAUUAUCAGUGUUCUGCAGUGAAUCAUUAAUUAUAUGUUGUACAAGUAAUAGUACUGUCAGAGCUUCCUUCUGUGGUUUCACUCAUAUCAUGAUUCAUCUUACACAGACCAUGUGUUUUUAAAGAAGAGAAAAAGUCACCAGUCUUCUGACUGAUUUGAUUAUUGUUAUUACGUAGACGGACGUCAGUAUUUGUUCAUCGUUCAGUAUCAUUGUGUAUGAUGAGGUGCUUAUUUCGUUACAAUGUAACUUUCUAGUGCCAUAAAUGAAAAAAAAUAAUUUAAUUCAGAAAUUAAAUGUGCGGGGAUACUGCACGUGUCGCAGUAUUGCUACAGAUGUUCGAGUAUAAUGCACACUGGCAUAAUUUUUUAAAUUAAAGUUCUUCUUUGUACAGAACGCGCAGAACUGCUUGUUUUAAUCCCUACUCCUGAUUUGCGUCAGUGCUCCGUCACAGAUUUUCGCCAAUUACUCCUGAAGGUCACCACCAACUGCGUCAAGAGCACGGGUUGCGUAAGCCCGUAACGUAAAGGCUGCCGCGAGAGCACUGGGCAAUUAUUCCAGUCUGCCUUCACCUGCCGCUUCUCAGUUGUUUAUUUUCGCCAGGUGCCCGUUCCCGCAGCAUCAGUUCUUUUGGACUGAUGCUUCAGAACCGCGCUCCAAACGUCUAGUCCCAGACAAUGAAGGCAAUGCACGUCCAGUUCCACUUCGCUCUUCCAACAACACCUCCAUGUUAAAUGUCCUCCAAGGCUGAUAGGCAGUUACGUAGCAAUCUAGAACCGACUUGUUACGCGUCAGUCGGGCGGAGUAACAGUUUGCACAUGCGGCGCCAUUUGGCGUCCUCGUUGUUUGAUUAUGUCGUCGUGUUUUAAGCUCUUUGUCUACGAAGAAAAAGUAUCGCCGAGUAAUAAAAAUUUUACAUUAGAUUUCCGACAAUAUUUAUUUAACAUAAAGAUAUAAAAUGAAUUAUUUUCCUUUCUUUCUUGUUCAUUUCUUUCUUUCCAGUUGAGUUACUGUUUUCCUUGCACGACACGUGCUCCACUGAAACAGUGAAAUUGAUUAAUUUUUUACUAGGAAAGAUUAAGACAUGGAAAGGUGUUCACUUAUAUUGACAUGAGAAAGCUAUGAUUUUCAGAACAUCAACGUAACUCGAUAUUCAUAUGACAGUAUUAUUAUUUUAGGUUUCUAAAAGAGUCGAUUAGAAAAAAACCUUCAAAUGUUCCUCACGUUUUAACAUAAAGACAGCAUCGUGUGGUGUUUUAAGACUUUAUCAACAUUAAUGUUAGUCUCUAAUGUACGGUCAAUUAUUUAUGAGAAAAAUAAACCAUAAUAAGUUA